CUGAUGUAAGAUCUCAGAUUUUCGUAUAAAUUGAUACCGGCACAUUCCUUAGUUACCAUUUUAAAAUAUCAGUGAACCUACCACGAUGUUCUGCAAACUUCUGGGCUUGGCUCUGCUGGUAGCAGCUGCUAGCUACGCUGCUGACGAAUCCGAGAACGAUAUCCCCGUGAUAUGCAAGAUCUUGUCGGUGACCCCUGUAAGCUGCCCAUUCCCGUCCAGCGACGGGCUGCACCCGCACCCAGACGCGUGCGGGCUGUUCUACUACUGCCCGCCGGGGCACGCGGCGCCCAUCUGCCGCACGUGUCCGGCCGGCCUGCACUUUAACACCACCACGCACGUCUGCGACCACCCGCACCGCUCUGGGUGCCGUCAAUAAAACUACAUGAUACUGGCAAUUACUGGAUACACGGACAAUAAAGCUUCAUUAAUACUGUAAGAUUCAAAA